UGACAUCCUGUCCCCAGGGGGAAAUGAGAUUGCCUCUCCGGACACUCCCUGUCCCCAUUGCCGCAGUCUCGCUGUCCCCAAGCUGCUCCUGCCUCAUGGCACCAAUGGCGCUGGCCCUCAUCCUGGGUUGGUGUCUGGUGGCAGCGAGCAGGGCACAGCACCAGCCCCCACCCUCCCUGUCACUGCACCCCAGCCAGGGGGUGUCCGUGGGGGACACUGUCACCCUGCGCUGCCACCUGCCCCAGCAAGCUGCCUGGGUCCAGCUCUGGUUUAAUGGAACUUUGAGAUCUGACAAGGAAAAAGACAAGGAGCAAGAUACAGUGGAGUUCUCCUUGGUUGUCACAAACCUGGAAGACGCGGGGACAUAUCAGUGUCGGUACCAGGUGUCAGAGCCACUGUGGACAUCGAAUAUGAGUGACCCCAUGGAACUGGUGGUGACAGAGGUGAAUGUUCAGCCCCUACCCUGCACCACGAUCCCACUGGUGGGGCACAGCCACCUUCAGACACUUUGCUGGGACCCUGGCCUAUGUUGGCAUCCCAGUGCAAAGGGGCCAUCCCAUGGGAACCUGGUUGUGGCGGUGGUGAGGGGCUGUGUUGCUGUCUUCGUCUUCUGCCUGGGCCUCUACUUUGUGCUUGAUGCCCGCAGUCUCUGGACACAGAGAGAUGAGAGCCCUGGUGUCCCCCCAGGAAUGACUGAGGCCGUGCAGAUCCAGGUGCCCUCCAGUGACAGCGAGGAUCUGACCUACGCCGAGAUGCAAGAUGCCACCCCGUGCUCCCAGCCCUCCACUUCCCACACUGCCCUCCAGUCCCCCGUUAUCUACACCAAAGUGAGCACUGGGUUACCGUGCUGAUGGACUCCCCAGCUGCCUCAUUUAUGGGGUGCACUGAAGGGGACAGACCCUAAAUUCCCUGCUUGGGAUUCCCUGGUGUUCUGUUCUAACCCCAGACCAGAUAACCUCCCCAAAUCUAACAAUCCCAUUUCUCACCAGUGCACCCCAAAUGCUUCCCAGUCACACCAAAUCCCUAAACGCUCAUCUCUUACCCCAAAAUCCUUCUUUAUCCCCUCAAAUCUCUUAACACCACCCCCUGAGACCUC